UUUUAGGUAGUGUGCGGGUGAGUGUGGUCUUUGUGAGCUUCGACCAUGGCGUACCGGGGCCAGGGCCAGAAGGUGCAGAAGGUGAUGGUGCAGCCCAUCAAUCUCAUCUUCAGGUACUUGCAAAAUAGAUCUCGGAUUCAAGUGUGGCUUUAUGAGCAAGUGAAUAUGCGGAUAGAGGGCUGUAUCAUUGGUUUUGAUGAGUAUAUGAACCUCGUAUUAGAUGAUGCAGAAGAGAUUCAUUCUAAAACAAAGUCAAGAAAACAACUGGCUGGCAGAAGAAAGGAAUUGGACUGGACAGUGUCCUCCAGAGGCCAACUCUCACCCUCUAGAAAUUGGAAACUCAGAGGUUCCCAGCAACUUUAUCAGGUUAUGUCUUCUAGGCUCCAACAGUUUCAAGUAAGACUCAAGGUGGCUCAAGAACUUCAACCCAUUCUAGUAGAGGGUAGCCCAGGUCCCUACAGGUCCUUGGAACAGUCAGCAAGGGACUUCUACACCUCUAAAGUAAACUAGGGUCCGCAGAUCUGCAGCCCCUGUCCAGCAGGAAGAAGUUUCAGAAGAAGAGGCCUUCAGCCCCUUAAGCGUUUAGAAUGAGGGGUGUAAAAUCCCUUGGGAGUAAUGAGACUGGCUGGGACCUGGGACCAUUUGCUGCAAUGCUUGUACCUGGACAAAUGUCUCCUCCAGCAACAGAAUAUGAAGAAACUGUAAGGGACUAAAAAUAAGUGCAUACAUGGGCAGUUGGGGCAAAUUAUGAACAACAAGAUACAAAGAGACCAAAAACCCAACUGCUACUUCUGAAAUGUCAGGAGAAAAAGCAGUGUACUGCACAUGAUCCCUGCACACAGCACCACCAAGGGGGUGGGCAGACCACCCAAGCCACCCAUAUGGUUUGACUCCUAGACCUGCCCCUACCCCCACCCCAUUUAAGGGACCAGCUCAUGGGACUUCCCCAGUGGUCCAGUGGUUGGGACUCCAUGCUUCCACUGCAGGGGGCACUGGUUCAAUCCUUGGUCGGGGACCUAAGAUUCCACAAAAAUAAUAAUAAAUUAAAAAAGGAGUGGGGAACCAGCUCACCCCCUGACCCCUGGGAGCAAACAAGGGAACCUGUUACUUGUUUUCACUCAUGAAUCCCAAUAAAGCCUUGCCUGAAUUUCUCUUCUGGCCUUUUAUCAAUUUACAUGAUUAAAGAGUCCAAGAACCUGAGUCGGUAACACUAAGAAGAAGUAUACUUUUAUUUAUUCUUUUUAAAAAAUUGAGGUAUACACUCUGCAGGUAACAUUGAUAGUAGGGAAUGCUAUGCAUGUAUGGAGAAGGGAGUAUAUAGGAAAUCUCCAUACUCGCCACAAUUUUGCUGCGAACCUGAAACAACUCUACAAAAAUAAAGUCUUAAAAAAAUUUUUGAGGUAUAGUUGAUGUAUCAUAUUAAGUAAAUUUCAGGUGUACAACAUAGUAAUUCACAAUUUUUAAAGGUUAUACUCCACUUAUAGUUUUUAUAAAAUAUUGAUUAUAUUCUUUGUGUUGUACAGUAUAUUCUUGUAUCUUUAACUUUACUUACUCUUGAACUCUUUCUCUUUAUUCCUGAACCUCUGUUUUUAUUUUUGUUUCUGAUUCUUGGCUAAACUUGGUUCUAGUUCGUAUUUGCACAAGUUGGUAAGCUAUUCUCAAUAGCAACAACUGGGGAUCUGACUUUAAAGCCUGAACGUUUGGUUAUCCAUAUCAGUGUGAUGGUUGUUUAUACUCUGUUGGCUGAUGGAUGACAGAAUGUGGUUUGUUUCACUUUUUCCUUUUGGAAUGCUUUCCUGUUAGUGACUUCAAGUCAAUUAAGAAGACAUUUUAUGUACAUUGGAAAGGAAAAUAUUCACUGGGGAUCAGGCCUGGUGAGAUUUUGUGCUCUGUGUUUACUUUGACCCAUAGCUGUCAUUGUAGAACUAAAGCUUCACGCUUUCUGUGGGUCCCUGUGUCUGUAUGAGAAAAUUCUUUGCCUCUCAUAAGAAUCUGUAACAUUUUCUUAUCUCUGUGUAUAUUAAUAAGUUACACUCUUCAUUGAUACAAUACAAAGCUACCACACCUAGUAAUUCCUUUUUAUCUUGACACCUCUUUGAUGCUUUUAAAAAGGUUAUGUGUAUAGAUGUGUACAUGAAUAUGUUUGUGUCUAUAUCUCCAGCAUUUUGAGUUGUUUACAGUGGAAGUUGGUGGAAUUGCCAAAUAAAAUACAGGAUACCAGUUUAAUUUGGAAUUCAUAAAAACAAUGAUUUUUUUUUUUUUUAGUAUGAAUAUGUCUGAAAUUCAAAUUUAACUGGGCAUCUUGUACUUUCAUUUGUUAAGUCUGGCACCCCUGGCAGGAGUGGAGGGUCAAUCCAAAUAACCUAGGCUAUCAUUACUAGAAACAAAUAUAUAUUCAAAUUCUCAAUCUUUAAGUAGAAAUUUCAGACAUUUAAAUUAAUAAUUUUUAAAAAGAUCAUUCUUGUUUGUUUUUCUGUUUGUUUUUUGAGAGGACUGUUAAACAUUAUUUAUUUAUUUAUUUAUUUAUUUAUUUAUUUAUUUAAAACUCUUUAUUGGAAUAUAAUUGCUUUAUACUCUUGUACCAGCUUAUGAGGUACACCAAAGUGAAUCAGCUGUAUUUAUACACAUAUCCCCAUAUCCCCUCCCUCCCACGACCCCCCCCCACCCUCCCCAUCCCAGCCCUCUAAGGCAUCAUGUUUUUCUGUUUUUGAAGAGAGUAUCUCUAGCUUUUAUCCAUUAAAUACAAUAUUGACUCUUGAUUUGAAAUACACUUUUUAAAAUUAAGGAUUGUGGAAUAGAGGAUUAUCCUUAUCCAACAGGUGUCUGGCCUUUGUCCUUCAAUUCUGGGAAAGUGAUUUCUAGCCCCUAACUAAUAGGAAUGUCCUACCUGAUAGAGGUGUCUUUGCUGGGGACUUUGACCACCGAAUAGCUUAAUCAUGUGAUUUAUGAUAUGGGCUUUUGGCCACACUACCAACCUCUAGAGAAAUUAUGACUAAAGGUGUUAGUGUGAUCUUGAGAGGGACUGAUAACUAAGGGUUCGCCAUGUGAGCAGUAAGUGAUUGAGCUCUAAUAAAAACUCUAGACACCAAAGGCUCAGGUGAGCAUCCCUAGUUGGCAAAACUCCAUACAUGUCACACAUUGUGACCAGAAGGAGGGGAUACCAUACAUGACUCCAUGGGGAAAGAAUGACUGGAAGCUCUGCAUUUGGACCCCUCUUGGACUCAGCCCUAUGCAUCUCUUCUCACGUCUGAUUUUGAUUUGUAUUCUUUCUCUGUAAUAAACUGUAACCAUGAGUAU